AAACAAGAUUGUGGAGGAAUAUUAAUAGCCCACUCCACAUCUAUUUCUGUGCAACUCUCUUUUCUAAAGCUUCUCUCUAACAAUGGAAACACAGAUCAAUUUAGAGAAGAGUGCUUCUCAAGUCACCUUUAUAACCUCCACCAUCUCCGCCUUGUCCUCCUCCUCAGCCACCGCCUCAUUGUCCUAUUCACCCACAAGUACAACAUCUUCUUCCUCUUCAUCAUCAUCAACAACUUCUAACUUAGAAAACCCUAAAAGAAAAGCAUAUCGAAGAUCAUCAUCAUCAUUAGCCGUCGAAGAUCUUGAUGAUCAAGGAGGGAAACGGCGAAAGACCAACGGCGGAGAUAAGCAUCCGACGUACAGGGGAGUGCGGAUGAGGAGCUGGGGAAAAUGGGUGUCCGAGAUCAGAGAGCCGAGGAAGAAAUCAAGAAUCUGGCUCGGGACUUAUCCAACGGCUGAUAUGGCUGCACGAGCUCAUGACGUAGCUGCUUUAGCCAUUAAAGGUACAACGGCUUAUCUCAAUUUUCCUGAAUUAUCCGGCGAGCUUCCUCGUCCGGUCACUAAUUCUCCUAAAGACAUUCAAGCUGCUGCCACCGCCGCCGCCGUUAAUUGGCAACAAUCCGGCGGACUCCACGUCGAUAAUUCAGACAUAACUGAAAUUGCUGAAGCCGAGCCGAGUCGAGCAGUGAUGGCUCAGUCGUUGUCUGAUUGUGUGGCGUUUUCUUCGGACAUUACGACUCAAGAGUUGUCUGAAACUUCGUGUGCUUCUACGACGUCGUUUGCGGACAAAGACAAAGACGAAGAGAAACUGUUUGAUUUGCCUGACUUGUUUACUGAUGGCAAUGAGAUGGUGAUACGAAACGAUGCGUUUUGUUAUUACUCGUCCACGUGGCAGCUUUGUGGAGCCGAUGCUGGGUUUCGGCUUGAGGAGCCGUUUUUCUGUCUUAAUGAAUCAGACUCCAGCUCACUCUAACAACACCUUAGUUAGUUUUCAAUUUCUCUAUUUACUUUUGUUUGGCUUUUGCUUUUUCUUUCAUUUUUAUUUUUAUUUCUAGCAAAUAGACGUUUGAUAAAUGUUUUUGUAAUAUAAAUGUGAGGAGAACAUUUUAAAAGAAAGCUAUAAACCAAAAAAAAAAAGAGAACAGUCAAAUAUAGUGUGUGAGUUUUGUUUA